CUAUGAUCCAAUUUUCAAUGCCUUGUCACACUACCAAUGAAUUACAAUAUGCAACGAUUCUUUUAUAAGCAUACCCUCAAGAUAUGAUUUCAUUUACCCCUAAUAUGUCUGGUGUAUUAUGAAUAUUGAUUUUAAAAAAAAAGACUGUAAAACAAGCCGAUAACAAGCAAGUGUUUAUUUACAUUUGAUAUUUAUUUUACAGAUUAGUUUCACUAGAACAAAGGUUUGAGUUAACCUAUUGUCUUCGAGGCAGAAAAUAAAGUUAUUUAAUCUAAAAGCAACUUCUCUGUUUUAUUUUUUCAUACAAUAUGGAGUACAAACUAUGUAUUUUGCAGAUGAUGACUUGUAUUGUUGCUGCCUUUUCAGAUCAGACAUUUGGACACACUGGAAAACAGUUCAUGGUUGCGUUCUUCCGAAAUCUAGACUUGAUGAAAUUCAAUGCAUACAUCUUGAUGGCUGCAGUGGAAGAUGCCAACACAACAGCAAGCGUAUACUACGAUCAUCAAAUUUCUCUGCGUCCAUCUUUUCUUCAGCUAAGUCCAGGAACUGUAAAACAGCUAAGUUUGCAGGAACAGUAUGGAAAACAAUACGAGAAAAUGAACACGCCUUUCCCAGUUAUAAGGAUAAAGGCUUCCAACCCCGUAACUAUUACAGCAUUUGUAGACGGGCCUAUGUCUACAGCGUCAUACCUCGUGUUCCCGAUAGAUAUCGCUGGCAGGGAAUACAGAAUGAUGCCUUAUUGUAGUAAGACAGUAGAUGGUUUGUGCAUUUGUGUCAUCAUAACGCUGAAGACGAAUACCGCCAUUGCGCUAGAGAAUUACAAUAACGGUAACCUAUCUGUUUAUACACAGGCACACGCGGUAGGUGGAGAAACGAUCGACUAUCUCUCACUGCCACACAGUAGAAUUAAUUUCGUCACCAGGGAAAUUUAUAGCUAUAUUACUCUGGAAAGCUAUGAUGACUUUAGUGGACUCUUAUUGCAAACCAACAGUUCUGUUGUGGUAUUUUGCGGCGGUACGAAACAGGACGCAACUACGUCCAUGGAACAAUUACUUCCGGUUGAAUACUUCGGUCAAAAUUUCUACUCGUUUCCAUUUGACCAUAAUAUUAUGUCUGCGUCUCACCUUCGAUUCAUAUCACACUAUAAUUGCACAACAAUAUCGCUUGAUUCUAAACAUAGCUGGAUACAAGAGGCCGGGGAAUUCCUCGAUAUUCCGAACAACAUGUCUGUAGAAUUGAAAAUAUUCUCUAAUAAACCAAUUGCACUGGUUCAAAUUUUCUCAGGUAUUACUCCACUUCGAAAAUAUCCAAACAACUAUGAGGAAGACAUAAUGCUGUUGCCAGCAGUGGAGCAGUAUAUAUCUUCUGUGGUUGUUCCGCGGCGUAAGAAAAAGGACGACGACCCCAUCAGCAUGCCAAUGUUCGUAGGACUGGUGUCUGUGGUAGGUUACACUUUCCGAACGCGGUCUGGGAACAUGCAAUGGACAACAGUGAGUAAAGGCAUUGUCAGAGAGGCGGACGACGACGGAAAAUUGAUAAAAGUAGCAAAAAAUUGCGGCUGCAACGACUGUAGAAAUGAAAACACAUUUGGUGCAUACGUUUAUCGGCGAGCCGGAAACGAUUCUUCCUUCAGUAUUGCUGGUUUCAAGUUUGUAUCGAGAAAAAAUGAUACUCGCCGAGAUUUCGGGGGAUCCUGUGUCAUCAAACGAGGUACCAGUGAUUUUUCGAUGAUUACUAAAAUGAGAACAACUACAGAAGAUAAUCUACGCUCCAGAGAAACUCGUCCAGUAGUCGCGGAACAAACCACCACUGAUACCGAUCCCAAAGCGAUAACAGGGACAGACGAAUCUGUAGAAUUUGCCACAGACACAAUGGUCAAAGAAACAACGAUCAGAUCCGUCACCCCUCAGUGCCCAUGUGAACUUUGUAAACCGAAGUCUACCACAGUCAGUUUCGUAAAGACGGAAGAGGAAAUCCGGGAAAAAAUCAAAGAAAUCAAGAAGGCGCUUGUGAUAAACAAAAAUGAUCUUUCUUCUUACCGUCGGAGGAAAAUUAGUGCAGAUGAUGAUAGAUCGUCUGCUAGGGGUAUUGGACUAUUUGGCGCUUGUAUGCUUUGCAUGUUUGUCUCCUUCAUAAUAAUCAUGGACUUUAAAACCCUUGUUCACCAAGGAUCUGUGUUAUGGAGGAAAACUUCCCGCUCCGUUAGUAAACGUUUGCGUAGAAAACCGUAAGAAUAUCAACAUUUUCCUUACUGAUUUUUAUUUUCAUAAUCUUUAUUGGUGUAUGUACAGAGACAUAAAAAAAACAACCCCCAUCUUAAUGACGCAGAACAGUGGAAUUUCCCCCAGCAUGUAAUAUGGAAAGAGGAUAAGAGCUAUCAAAAUUUAGUUCAUCUGCAUAACGUUAGCACGAAGCGAUUUUAAUGAUAAAGAAAUAAAUUUUGAAACUGCAAGAGGAUAUGAAUUGCAACGCUUCACGCCGGUGUAACAUUAAUUUUUACACCGGUACACUUUUGUUAGCGCUUCAUAAAGACUAGACUUUUUGGCAUCAUAGACAGUUGCUUCUUUAACAAAAAUGGAAAACGGAAAUAUUCAUAUCUAGUGAUCAGUUAUCAAAAAAAAAAAUGAAAAUUUGUUAAACACCACUCAGAUUCCACGUACAAGUACCCUGAAGGUGAUAUUAAAAAUAUGACAGAGUUCCUCAUUAACAAUAUCUUCGUGGUCUUAAAUGAGUCAGUGGUGAUCAGGUCUUCCAACAGUCUUUUGGAAUUCCCAUGGCACGAAUUGUACUCCUUUGUUAGCUGACCUGUUUUUAUAGUCUUAUGAUGCAGAAUUCAUUCAAACACAUCUACGUGAGAAGAAAAAAUAUCUUGCUGUGGCCUCCAUUACGAUAUUUAGAUAUCGACGACGUUUUAUUUAUUACCAAUAAUAAUUUCCAUUCAUAUGUCGAUUCGAUAUAUCCCCAUGAACUUGAAAGAAAAGACACCACAGAGUCGUUCAAUUCUGCUUCAUACUUAGAUAUUUUAUUGAAAGUAGAUAUUAACAGCAAACUAAAAUCUCAGCUUUAUGAUAAACGGGAUGAUUUCAGCUUCUCCAUUAUCAACUUCCCAUAUUUAUGUAGCAAUAUUCCAUUAUCACCUGCAUAUGGUGUUUAUAUCUCUCAACUGAUUCAAUACGCAAGAGCUUGUUCCAUAUAUUAUCAGUUUUUAAAUCGAGGCAGGCUACUGACAAACAAAUUGAUGGUGCAGGGGUUUCAACAGCCUCGUUUAAAGUAAACAUUUCGCAAAUUAUGUGGUUGUUAUAACGAUCUAGUUUGCCAAUACAACCAAUCAUUGGGUCAAUUGUGGUCUGACGUGUUUCAUAUCUAUUGUUAGGCUGUUCUUGGCACACUGAUUUUGACAAUGGAUAACUCCGCUUAUCUGAUCAAGAUAUAGGGCUCACGGCGGGUGUGACCAGUCGACAAGGGAUGCUUACUCCUCCUAGGCACCUGAUCCCACCUCUGAUGUAUCCUGGGGUCCGUGUUUGCCUAACUCUCUAUUUUGUAUUACUGAUAGGAGUUAUGAGAUUGAUCACUGUUCGUUAUCUUCACCUUUCAUAUUAUAUAUUAUAGUAUGCCGGCGUGAAGCGUUGCAAUUCAUACCCUUGUGUAUUUUCCAAAAUGAAAUUUAUUUUUUAUAUUUACAUACAAUUUUCUUUUCUGCCAGAUUUUUCAGCCGUUAAAAUAUAUAUGCUAUGUUUAUAAAGAUUCCUACCCGCGUUGUUCACAACUACAGAGCUAUCAUGAGGAAAUGACUAUCAUUAUAACUUAGAACAUUGGAAAUGUAAUAUUCUUAAAUAAAGAUAUAACG